AUGAACUUGUCAGUCACAUUCAGCAAUGGAACGACUUCUUUCAAUGAAGGAUUUUAUCUGACUGCCUUCCAAACUUUGCCAACCAAAAACUACCUCAUUUUGGGCUUGGCGAUCAUCUACAUCAUCACCUUGCUGGGUAAUCUUGUUCUGCUCUCUGUCGUCCUCAUGAACUCCAGCUUACAGAACCCCAAGUAUCUUGCUGUGUGUAAUCUAGCCGUCGUCGACAUUUCAAUCAAUAGUGUUAUUAUUCCUCAAAUGGUGCCUGUUUUUGCGUUCAAUCAGAACUAUAUUUCAUUUGGUGCCUGUUUUUCUCAAAUGUUCUUCAUGCAUUUUUUUGGUGACAUGGAGUCUUUCUCUCUUGCUCUUCUGGCGUAUGAUCGUCUGAUUGCCAUCUGCUGGCCUCUGCGUUACUCUACCAUAAACACCAACCUGAGGAUGCUGCUCAUCAUAGCCACGAUCUGGAUUCUAGUUACUCUGCUGGAUAUUUUCCCAGUCAUUUUUGCCUCUAGGCUUCCUUACUGUAGCUCCAGAGCAGUACAGAGCUGUUGUUGUGAACAUAGCCCAGUCUACAGGCUGGCUUGUACAGACACGUCUUAUAACCGACAACUAGGAACAGCUAAGACGAUGAUAGUCUUGCUGGGCCCUUUGGUUUUUAUUGUUUUCACAUAUGUGAUUGUAGUGAUUGCUGUGAUGAGGAUUGCCUCUGUAACCCAGCGCUGGAAGGCCUUGCACACCUGUCUCACUCACAUGAUGCUGGUCAUGCUGUAUUACAUGCCAGAUUAUAGCAUAUGUACUAGGGAACUUGCGAUUAGUUCAGAAUGUUGAUCUUUUAACAGCAAUACUGACGUUUCUGUUACCGUUCCAGCAAUGUUGAACCCCAUCAUCUACAGCUUAAAGACUGAUGAACUCAAAGACAGGAUGGUCAAACUUUUUAGAAAAUCAAAAGUGGCACAACAGAUCAUUAAAAAUGAGAUCAAUGCUUUACAACAAUAA